AUGAGAUGUUGGAACUACAGAGAAUACGAAUGAAGGAUGAAAUCCGAGAAUAUAAAUUCCGGGAGGCACGACUCCUUCAGGACUACACUGAACUGGAAGAAGAAAAUAUCACAUUGCAGAAGCUGGUGUCCACAUUAAAGCAGAACCAGGUUGAAUAUGAAGGCUUAAAGCAUGAGAUUAAGCGAUUUGAGGAGGAGACAGUGCUGCUGAACAGCCAGCUGGAAGAUGCCAUCCGGUUGAAGGAGAUCGCUGAGCACCAGCUGGAAGAAGCCCUUGAGACCUUAAAAAAUGAAAGGGAGCAAAAGAACAACUUGCGGAAGGAGCUCUCCCAGUACAUCACCCUCAAUGAUAACCACAUCAGCAUCUCAGUCGAUGGACUCAAGUUUGCUGAGGACGGGAGUGAGCCCAACAACGAUGACAAAAUGAAUGGGCACAUCCAUGGGCCUCUUGUGAAACUGAAUGGAGAUUAUCGGACUCCCACCUUAAGAAAAGGAGAGUCUCUGCACCCCGUCUCUGACUUAUUCAGUGAGCUGAACAUUUCAGAAAUACAGAAGCUGAAGCAGCAACUUAUGCAGGUAGAGCGGGAAAAGGCUAUUCUUCUGGCCAACCUCCAGGAGUCACAAACGCAGCUGGAACACACCAAGGGGGCACUGACAGAGCAGCACGAACGGGUGCACCGGCUAACAGAGCAUGUCAAUGCCAUGAGGGGCCUGCAGAGCAGCAAAGAGCUCAAGGAGCUGGACGGGGAGAAGGGCCGGGACUCAGGGGAAGAGGCCCAUGACUAUGAGGUGGAUAUCAAUGGUUUAGAGAUCCUUGAGUGCAAGUACAGGGUGGCAGUAACUGAGGUGAUCGAUUUGAAAGCUGAAAUUAAGGCCUUAAAGGAGAAAUAUAAUAAAUCUGUAGAAAACUAUACUGACGAGAAGGCCAAGUAUGAGAGUAAGAUCCAGAUGUAUGAUGAGCAGGUGACAAGCCUUGAGAAGACCACCAAAGAGAGUGGUGAGAAGAUGGUCCACAUGGAGAAGGAGUUGGAAAGGAUAACCAGUAUAGCCAACGAAAACCACAAUACCCUUAAUACAGCCCAGGAUGAGUUAGUAACAUUUAGUGAGGAGCUAGCUCAGCUUUACCACCACGUUUGUCUGUGUAAUAAUGAAACUCCCAACAGAGUUAUGCUGGACUACUAUAGGCAAAGCAGAGUCACCCGCAGUGGCAGUCUGAAAGGGCCUGAUGAUCCCAGGGGACUUUUGUCUCCACGGUUAGCCAGGCGGGGUGUGUCAUCCCCGGUAGAAACAAGGACCUCAUCUGAACCAGUUUCAAAAGAAAAUGCAGAGGCCAGCAAAGAACCAAGUCCAACUAAGACUCCCACAAUCUCUCCUGUUAUUACUGCCCCACCGUCAUCUCCAGUACUGGAUACAAGUGACAUCCGUAAAGAGCCAAUGAAUAUCUACAACCUUAAUGCCAUAAUCCGGGACCAAAUCAAGCAUCUGCAGAAAGCUGUAGACCGGUCCUUGCAACUGUCUCGCCAAAGAGCAGCAGCACGGGAGCUGGCACCCAUGAUCGAUAAAGACAAGGAAGGCUUAAUGGAAGAGCUCCUCAAGCUGAAGUCCCUGCUGAGCACAAAACGAGAGCAGAUUGCCACGUUGAGGGCAGUGUUGAAAGCCAACAAACAGACGGCUGAGGUGGCACUAGCUAAUCUCAAGAACAAAUAUGAAAACGAAAAAGCAAUGGUGACCGAAACUAUGACAAAACUUAGAAAUGAAUUGAAGGCUUUGAAAGAAGAUGCAGCAACUUUCUCAUCCCUGAGAGCAAUGUUUGCAACAAGAUGUGAUGAGUAUGUCACACAGUUGGAUGAAAUGCAGAGACAGCUAGCAGCCGCAGAGGACGAGAAGAAGACUCUAAACACUUUGUUACGAAUGGCUAUCCAGCAAAAACUCGCCCUGACCCAGCGGCUGGAGGACUUAGAGUUUGACCAUGAGCAGUCUCGACGCAGCAAAGGCAAACUUGGAAAGAGCAAGAUCGGCAGCCCUAAAGUAAGUGGGGAGGCAUCAGUCACCGUGCCCACCAUAGACACUUACCUCCUGCAUAGUCAGGGCCCACAGACACCCACCAUUCGGGUCAGCAGUGGCACUCAGAGGAAAAGACAAUUUUCACCUUCCCUUUGUGAUCAGAGCCGUCCCAGGACUUCAGGGGCUUCCUAUCUACAGAGUUUAUUAAGAGUUCCCCCUGAUCCCACCUCCACAGAAUCAUUUCUUCUGAAGGGCCCCCCUUCCAUGAGUGAAUUCAUCCAAGGGCAGCGGCUCAGCAAGGAAAAAAGGUUAACCGUGGCUCCACCAGAUUGUCAGCAGCCUGCUGCCUCCGUACCGCCACAGUGCUCACAACUAGCCGGGAGGCAAGACUGCCCGACUGUCAGUCCUGACAUAGCUCUCCCUGAUGAGCAGCCACAUUCCAGCUCCCAGUGUGCACCUCUCCACUGUCUCUCCAAGCCUCCCUACCCCUAGUCUUCAUCUCCCGUGGACGAACAUCUGUGGUGAAAUUGUGUAACCACACACAGGAUACUGCCCAAGAUCCAGCGGGUGUUUUCUUCUUGGUUGUUAGAUGUACAAUUGGAUGAAUGUCCAUCAUUGUGGAAGAUGAGAGAAAAGUUGAGAAGAAUAACACAGCACAGAUCCCGGUGUGAUAAAACAUUUUAUGGUUUCUCUAAAUCAUAGAUAAACUUCUGCAAUCAAAUGGCUAUGGUUCAUUUAAAUAAAAACAAACAACAAACAGGAAAUACAUAUCUCAGAUGGCUGGCAUUACCUCGAUAGCAUAAGAGAGACCUAAGACAAUGUAAAAUACAUACAUUGUAAAAUCAUCUUUGCUCACACUCCAAAUUCGGCUAUAGAAGUUGAUUGCAAUUUUUUUUGUCAUUGGUAUUUAUUUUGGACUUUAUUUGCCAAGUGAUUUGUGUCUAUAAAAAUCACUUCUGUGAGAGGUGAAUUUAAUUCAUUAAUUUUUAAAAUAAGCAUAACUUGCUCAAUUAAGUAUGGGUUUUAAUUUAGUUUAAAAUCUGGAAUUGGCCAGACUGUGGUCAUUUUUCUUGCACAAAGUGACAAAUGAGGUGCAUUGGAAUGUUAACAAUAACUGUAUUUUGCUGCUACACUGAUAUUGUUUAUGCACUUAUUUUCUAAUCAAUAGCUCAUUAACUACUGGAUUUUUUUUAACUAGAGUUCUUCACUGAACAUUAUUAAGUAAAUCUAAGAAAGUAUAAGUUAUGAUCCAUUGACGUACUCAAUUUUUGACUGCAUCUUUAAUUUUUUUUAAUUGCAGACAAGUAGAUGCAUUGGUGCUGCUCCUUUGUGUGUGUGUGUAUGUGUGUGAGUGUAAAAAGGCUAAAUAUUUGAAGGGGAAAAAAUGGUGUAUUAAUGACCAGAAAUUUUUUUUACUUCUCCCAAAUUCAGGGUCCUACUACAAGUCUUUCCUGCUAAAAGAUAUCAAGUACAAACGGGAAGAUAUAUACAUAGGUAGAUGUAAGGUAGCCUUUAGUUAAUUAAUUUACCCAGAAAGUGUUCAAAGUUUUAUUAAAAUUGUAUGUUUUGUUGUUGUUGGUUUUUUUCAUAAUGAAUCUUCCUUGCCAAAAAAAUAAGAUAAUAAACCUUAGCUCAUUGUCUACUUUUGACAAACUCAGGUGCCUAUAAUCAUUAUAAUAUAUGGAGAUAAUACAUGUUCCUAGUUUAUUUACAGAUUCUGCUGGGUAACUUUUAUGACUUGAUUUAUGGCAGUGGAUUUUCAUAGCAAAAUUUAUUUUGCACAGAAUCUGACAAACAAGGAAAACAGCUAACUGAGCUGAAAGGUCUAACACUCUUGGGCUCAUUAACUAUCAAGUGCUGCCCACACAAUUGCUCCUAGCCCUGAUUCCUUGUCUUAGUCAGGUAGCCUUAACUUAUUUAAAAGCAAAAGGAUUUGACCUUUUCAUGUACCGAUAUCUGUAACUUCUCUUCAAAAUAAAAAUGAUCCUCCCUGUUAACACAAAGGUUGUUAGCAGAGUAGGGCGCUGAUGAUGGAUAUCUAGUGGGAGCCACUUGGCUGAUUGAGUGGAAGUGCGUGGGACAUUAAUGGAAAUGGUCCAUCAAAGAUGGUGGCCAGCUGAUAAGUCAUAAAGCACAUUACAGGAGCUCUCAUUAGUCAUAUUCCUGUUUAGUAGUGGUCACUAUUACCAAAGUAACCAAGGAGUUUUGAGUUCCUUAUUUGUGAGUGUGAUUUUUAGCAGUGUUAUUUAUUAUGCAACUUGGAGUAAAUAGUUGAAAAUCUUCACCAAAAUAGGGAUUCAUGAUGAAGUAUAGAAAAAGAAACAAAUCUUCAUAAAGUCCUGAUCAUAGCAACCCAACCUUCUGCCCUGUCCUACCUGCAUUGCUUUGCUGUUCCUAAACGUUUCCUUCAUUUUACUGGUGUUCAAUCUGCCUGGUACCAGCAUUAGUGAGACUGUGGAUUUUUUUCAGAGUUCAGUUAAAGGAACCUUUUUUUUUUUUCCAUCUCCUUUUUUCUCUUUUCUUUUCAAGCAUCACGUUUGAACUGAGAGCUGCUAGGUUGACUUUUGAUAAAAGUUGUUGUGCCUGAGGGAAAACAUGCCUUUUUAAAAAAAGUACCUCAGAACAUCAUCCUGUAUUGCCUCAUCAAUUCCCUUGGUGGAACUGGGAAUUCAGCAGUAAAUACUGUCUGUGUGUAAUUAGAGGGCAGUACUGCCUAUUGACAAUGCUAUAUUGCAUUCUUGUUCACUUACUCUGUAUGUAUGAUCCAGUGAAAAACUGGCCCAUAAAUACAAGUUAUUUCUUCCAAUUCAGACAAAAUGUAUAAUUAAGUCUUUUAUUUCAGUUCCUUGUCUUAAUAGAAUGGAAAAUACUUGUUUUGAAAUAUUAAUUCUAUAAAAAUAUAAAAAUGUUGAUUUUAGCAAAACUUUGCCAAGAAGACAUAAAGACUUGGGGGAAAUAAUUAUAAUUUUCAGCACAAAAUUAGGUGAUAGUUCCUAAGCAGUAAAAGAGAGUCCCAUGUAUUUACACAGUGGCAUUUAAUAGUCUAAACUGAGCCAUAUCUAUCUUUAUUUAAAGGUAUUUAAUGAAUGAAUAUGUGUAGGGUUGAUAUGAAUCUAUACUGUAAAGAUAACACCAGGAUUCAAAGGAAAUUAAAAACUGGAAGAACUAGUAAAAAUAAAAAAAGAAUGGACCUUGUAACACUAAUUGAAGAUAGACUUGGGGAAGAAAAAUAAGCUGCAGAAAUAGAAUAAAAAUGCCAGCUAAUUGCAAACACAGUGGGCCAUGAUUAAAGGUAACUAGCAAGAGCAGUUAGCAAUAUAACUAGGCCAUUUUCAAUAAGUAAGCACAAUUAGAAUACUGAAAAGAAGAGUCAGUAUACAGAAAGGCUUUUCAACUAAGGAUUUUCUUAAUUAAAAAAAAAUCAUAAAAAGGAGCAAUAAAUUGCCUUUGGCCUAAGUACAUGGGCAUACAGGACCCUCAGAUUAAUCUUUAAAAUCAACUAAUGGUUUACCAGAUCUCUUUCAUGUAUCCAAUUCUGGUUCAAAUAAGACGAGUUUGGAGAACUUUGAGAAAAUAAAGUUACUAAACAAUUUUUAAAAGACUCAUUUAGAAAGAUUAUACUUUAUUUAGCCUAAGAAAGAAGAGGUAUAAUAGUGAUCUUCAAGAAAAAAGAAUUUAACAAAUGGUAGUUAACCAGCUAUAGAUAUCAUUACUAAGAGUAGAAUAAGAAAAAGUCUUCAGUGUGAAGGUAUACUAACACAUUUUUAACAGUGAGAAAUUAAUCAUUGAAAUUGAUAACCAUAAGAAAGAUUUGUUAAAAAUGUUAUUGGUGGUCUAGUAAGGAUUAAGAGGCACGAUAUCAUAUGAUAAUGUAUUAUAAUUCUGGAAAUCCAUAAUCCUAUGGUUCUUUUAUUUAAAAAUUUAAAAUAUUUUAAUGUCAUGGUAUUUUGUCAUAAAAUAUUUUACCCCUGAAACUAGGAUAGCAAUCAGUUUUUCCAAGAUACUAGGUUAAAAAAAAAAAAAGAUUAUUACUGCUUUUCCAUCCAGAUGUGUUUCAUAACAUCUUUAAAGUUGUUCAGAGUGUAGUAAUUUCACUGUAAAAAGCCUCAUAAUUGUCAGAAUCUAAAACACAAACAUCCUCAGGAAUACUUCAGAAAUGGAAGCUACACGAUCCCUUAGGGGGGCAAAUGCCUCUCAAAUUUUAUCUUUUCUUAAAAGGAGCUUCGAUCUACAAUGUUUGCUUUUUCCAUGCUUUGGAAAAUACUCUUGUACAGAUAAGUCCUUCUGUUUCAAACAAGCAUAAAUCUUUGGUCAAAUAAACACCACUAUGAAUGUGGAAAUUUCCCAAUACGCUGUAUUAAAUAAAGCCCUCUACAGUUCACAAGUGGAAAUUACAAAAUAGGAAAAGGAAGAAAUGAAAUAUAUUUUCUACUGGGAUAGGAAUGUCAAAUUUAAUGUAUAAUUAUCAUAAUCAGCCAAAAGACAUAGUGUAUUUCUCAGAAAGACACAUUAGGGAAGACUGAUAGUAAGUGUAAUUGUGCUGGUUCAACCCAGGUAUGUCACAAAUGUCCACUCAUGUUCGUGUGGAUAUUGUAGAUAUAAAGUAGAACUAGAUUUGAAAGAAACUGUGGAUAAAAUUCACAAUUGUAAAACAAAGUUUGCCCUCCAGAUUUCUUGUUUGCUUAUAAAUUAGAGUGAUUUAAAAUAAUCCAUGUAUUUAAGAUUGCAAAGAAUUGACAAGACUAUGUUUUCAAAUAAAGGAAACGUAAUUCUUCAAAGAAACCAUUGAACUGGAGUUAUGAUAGCAUGAUUAGAGCUGAUACUGACAAGCAAUUUUUUACUUUAAAAUCAAUUCUUAUGGACAUACAAGAAAUACUUAACUCCCAGGUGACCUUUUCCAUUGUCUGUAAUAAUUCCCCCAGAUGAGUUGUGUCUAUAUUAAAUUCAUCUUUAUUUAAAUGCCACGUUAACUGCCAUAGUCCCUGAUGUAUUGCAUUUGUAGCCUGUAGCCUGAUCCUAUCAUGUUAAUACCUGAAAGAUUUCAUCUCGGCUUCUCUUUUGUUCUUGUUACAUAAAGUAUAACUGAAACAGAUAUUUAAACUUAAGGUAUGUUCCCAAUUGAAGAUUUUUCCAGAAAUAAUAUUCUGUUUAACAAGAAGAAGCAAUUAACUGCCUUUAGUGUAAGGGCAUGAGUGCAUAAAAGUAUGCAGUGUAAAAUGUUUGCAUGAGAUAUUUCACUUCAUGGAAGCUUUCCCAUACUUACAAUAUGAACACUAUAGAAGUCUUAUUUCUCUUGUGAUCUUCUCUCCAUUAGGAAUGUAAGGAAAUUGUUACCUGUAUCUGGUCUCCUUUCCAUACUGAAAUGCAUGGCUGUAAUCCUCAGUGUAUUUUUAUCUCAUUCUUCUGGAGUUAUUUAAAAUUUGCCCUAUUUCAACUGAAGCUUAUAUAAACUUCUGAGCCAGGUUGUUCCAGUGAUUGGAGUUGAAUUGCUUAUAGAACACUGGUUGAAAACACCUUUUUAUUUGAAUUUUUUUUUCUUCCAGAAUUAUUCUCUGAUCAUUAUGGUUCUCUAAGGAAAACACUGAAAAGUAAAUAUGAUGCUUUUCAGUGUGAAUGUGUGAGUUUUUCUUUUAAAAAUAUUUUAAAACAAAGAUCAGAGAACUAUAAAGUAAAGGGAAAUGUCAUAAUUCAGUUGCAAAAUCAUUAUUCAGUGGUGAUCAUGGAGAUAACAGGAGGAAUCAUUUUGUUCUUUGGGUUCAUAGAUAUGACUGUGCACCAAAUCUUAGAAAAAAUAAAUCAUUUUAAAAUUAUUGCCACAAAAUUUUUAAGCUUAAUGGUUUGACUUUUAAAGUCAAUUAAAUAAUUCUUUGAAAAUCUUUUAUGACAUUUUUGUAACCCACUCAGUGUUUUUAUUUGCAUGAUUAUGCAUUUGUGAUGAACCAUACAUGAUUCUGAUGUUGUAUUUCUUUCCAGUAUUAACAUUUGUGUAAUGUGUGGCCAACCCUGAUUUGUACACUGUAUGAUUAUUGUUGUAAUGAUUCAGCUAAUUCCUACAUUUAAUUGCCAUUUUGUUGUUAUGCCUUUUGGGGUUAAAUGAUGUGAAGUAUUUCCACCUAAUGAUGAUACCAUAUGAAACAUGACUAAAAGACUGACCUAAGAAACUCUUUUGUUGCUAAUUAUUUUUUUUUAAUUUCAAUUUCAAAGACAGUUGUUCUCAAAGACACAUGAAUUUAUUUUAAAUUCAAAAAAUUCUUAUGAAUUUAUUAUUGCUUGUCCUUUUAGUUUUUUUUUUUUUUUAUGGUAGACAACCCUAAGUCAGUGUCUCAUGGGAGAAUCCAUAUCAUAUGUGCUUAUAUUUGUGUAAUCUGAUCAUGCACUCAAUGGUUGGAAAAGGCACUCCAGUGCUAAGAAAAUAACCAGAAGCCAACAUAUCAAUUCUUAUGUCUUGGUUUAUGUUACCAACUGAAUGUGGUAUAAUGCAUAACUCUUUCCAGUAAAUAAACUGGUUAUCUUUUGUUCA